AUGAAUUAUCGGCUGGAGACUGGAACUGCAAUUGCUAGGUCAUUGGCGACUUUUAUGGGAUUUUUCGACUUGGUAUCCUAUAAUGCUGUCUCAAACCAUAACAAUAGAACAUUCGGUCUUGUAUUGGCAAUUAUUCCCUUACCGUUGAGCGUCGUGAGAGACGAACUGCCAUUCUUCAACGAGGAUGCCCAUCACCCGGCUCUUUCUAUAUCGCUUUCUCUGCUAGAGAGGGCGAAGGGUAGCUGUCGGUCGGAUGCAGGUGCGGCAAACUAUAACUUUAAGCUUGCUCUCAGUUCCGUGUCUUGGGAUCCUGUUUAUAAUAGUCAGGAGGUUGAAAUUGCUGUAGAGAAAUUUUACAAGAUCCUAUAUAUGUGUUUGAAUGCUAAUGUCCUUGUGGUCAGUCAAUACAAGCACUCAAAAUACCCUCCUUGGUUCUCUCGGGAUAUAGUGAGUGAUCAAAUGCUUGAAAAUAGGUUGAGUAGGAAGCGGAGCUACUCCAGGUACCACGAAGAGCAGUUCAAACUUGUGCGAUCUCGAGUCAAAGCUAAGAUAGCAAGAGCCUACUCGAGCUAUGUAAGAUCUGUUGAAGAGAGGGUUGGUUGUGACCUAAGGGAGUUCUGGAAAUAUGUGAACAACAAGCGUUUCUCUCAUCCAAACGAAGAAUUUAUCAAACAUAAUGAUAGGAUAUACAAGGGUGCUAAUACUGCUAAUGCUUUUGCUGAUCUGUUUUCGUCCAAUGCUUCAGCAAUGGAUGCUGAACCCUUGGUGGACUCUGGGAGGAUUGCCGGACAGACUCCUUGUGAUCCCUUUAGUCUCACCUACUUUUCAAGGGAGGAUGUGGUUGAUGCAAUCAAGUUGCUCAACUCUCGUGCUACUGGAGGCCCUGAUAAAAUACCUGCUUUUGUUGUCAAGGGUUGCUGGGAAUUUUUGUGUGGCCCUUUGCAUUACAUUUUCAAUUUGUGCAUUCGUAAAUCCGAAUUUCCGGGGGUCUGGAAGUGCUCGCGGGUGACACCAGUGUUCAAGUCUGGAAACAGGUCUUUUGCGAGUAAUUAUACACCAAUUGCAAUUCUAAACGUUUUUGCGAAGAUUUUUGAGAGGAUCCUGUACAAGCGAAUAUUUUUAUAUGUACAACCCAAGAUUGUUCAAUCCCAACACGGUUUCCUCCCUGAUCGUUCAACGGUGACGAACCUUCUAGAGUUUGUUGACAAGGUGUCGAGGGUUUGGGAUGUUGGAGGUCGUGUGGAUGAGAUAUAUAAGGACUUCUCUAAGGCUUUUGAUACUUUUGAUAACGGUAUUCUGCUCGAUAGAAUGGAGUGA